CCGAGUGCGCGCGGCGCCCAGCUCGGUUCGUUCGCGGUGGCGGCGGGCGCCCGGUGAGCGCGACGGCUGGACUUGCCGGCCGGCGCCUUGGGGGCGGCCGCGGUGGAGCCAGCGGCCCGAGGCCGCGUCCGUCCAUGGGCCCACAGCGGCCGGGCGGCGGGGCGGGGCGCGAGGCGGCGCGCGCGCUCUGAGGCCGCGGCGAGCAGGCGGGGCGCGGCGCGAGAGGGGAGGCCUUUCCGGGCCUGCGGCGGCCAGCGCAAAAUGCGGCGGCGGCCGCGCUGAGUCCCCCGACCCUCGGGAGCGCGCUGGGCCGUGGCGGCCCGCUCGGCGGCCGCCUAGCCGACAUGUCGGCGGCCAAGGAAAACCCGUGCAGGAAAUUUCAGGCCAACAUCUUCAACAAGAGCAAGUGUCAGAACUGCUUCAAGCCCCGCGAGUCGCAUCUGCUCAACGACGAGGACCUGACGCAGGCAAAACCCAUUUAUGGUGGCUGGCUGCUCCUGGCUCCAGAUGGCACUGACUUUGACAACCCAGUGCACCGGUCACGGAAAUGGCAGCGACGAUUCUUUAUCCUUUAUGAGCAUGGCCUCUUGCGAUAUGCCCUGGAUGAGAUGCCCACCACCCUCCCUCAGGGCACCAUCAACAUGAACCAGUGCACAGAUGUGGUGGAUGGGGAGGCCCGCACAGGGCAGAAGUUCUCCCUCUGCAUCCUGACACCUGACAAGGAACAUUUUAUCAGGGCAGAAACCAAGGAGAUCAUCAGUGGGUGGUUAGAGAUGCUCAUGGUGUAUCCUCGAACCAACAAGCAGAACCAGAAGAAGAAACGGAAAGUAGAGCCACCUACCCCACAGGAACCUGGGCCUGCUAAGAUGGCUGUCACUAGCAGUAAUGGCGGCGGCAGUGGUAGCAGCAGCAGCAGCAUUCCCAGUGCUGAGAAAGUCCCCACCACCAAAUCCACACUCUGGCAGGAAGAAAUGAGAGCCAAAGACCAACCUGAUGGGACCAGUCUGAGUCCAGCUCAGAGUCCCAGCCAAAGCCAGCCUCCUGCUGCUUGCACCCCACGGGAACCAGGGCUAGAAAGCAAAGAAGAUGAAAGCACCAUAAGUGGGGACCGUGUGGAUGGUGGUCGGAAAGUACGGGUAGAGAGCGGCUACUUCUCCCUGGAGAAGGCCAAGCAGGACCUGAGGGCUGAGGAGCAGCUGCCCCCACUCCUCUCCCCACCCAGCCCCAGCACCCCACACAGCAGGUAUGGUUGUCCUGGAUCGCCCUCACAGGAGCUCAGCCACCCCCUUCACUCCCCAGGUCUUCCAGCCCCAAGCCGAAUGGUCUACAGCAUCUGCCCUGCCAGCCUGGGUGAGGCCAGCAGGCCACCCGACCACGUGGACGCCAGCAGUGCUAGGGGGUGGGGAACAGAGAUACUGGGGAGCACCAUUGCCUUUAAAGCCAGCAGGCAGUAUGCCGCCCUGGCCGACGUCCCUAAGGCCAUCCGGAUCAGCCAUCGAGAAGCCUUCCAGGUGGAGAGAAGGCGGUUGGAGCAUAGGACUCGGGCCCGGAGCCCUGGCAGGGAAGAGGUGGCCCGUCUAUUUGGCAACGAGCGGAGGAGAUCCCAGGUAAUUGAGAAAUUUGAGGCCUUGGACAUUGAAAAAGCAGAGCACAUGGAAACCAACAUGCUGAUUCUGACCACUCCAUCAAGUGACACUCGUCAGGGCCGCAGUGAGAGACGGGCCAUCCCUAGAAAGCGGGACUUUGCCAGCGAAGCCCCCACAGCUCCUCUCUCAGAUGCUUGUCCCCUGUCUCCACACCGAAGAGCCAAGUCAUUGGACAGGAGGUCCACAGAAUCCUCCAUGACGCCUGACCUGCUGAAUUUCAAGAAAGGCUGGCUAACCAAGCAGUCUGAGGAUGGCCAGUGGAAGAAACACUGGUUUGUCCUGGCAGAUCAGAGCCUGAGAUACUACAGGGAUUCCGUGGCUGAGGAGGCAGCUGACCUAGAUGGAGAAAUUGACUUGUCCACUUGCUAUGAUGUCACUGAGUAUCCAGUCCAGAGAAACUAUGGCUUUCAGAUACAUACCAAGGAAGGCGAGUUCACCCUGUCAGCCAUGACAUCUGGCAUACGACGGAACUGGAUCCAGACCAUUAUGAAACAUGUGCUCCCAACAUCUGCCCCAGAUGUGACCAGCUCAUUGCCUGAGGGAAAGAAUAAAAGCACAUCUUUUGAGACCUGCUCAAGGCCAAAUGAGAAGCAAGAAGCUGAGCCAGGAGAGCCAGAUCCUGAACAGAAGAAGAGCCGUGCUCGAGAGCGGAGGCGGGAGGGUCGCUCCAAGACCUUUGACUGGGCUGAAUUCCGCCCUAUCCAACAGGCCCUAGCUCAAGAAAGGGCCAGCACUGUUGGGUCUUCUGAUUCUGGUGACCCUGGGUGUCUUGAAGCAGAGCCAGGUGACCUGGAGCGUGAACGAGCUCGACGUCGAGAAGAACGCCGCAAGCGCUUUGGGAUGCUGGACACCAUUGAUGGACCAGGAAUGGAGGAUACAGCCCUACGUAUGGACAUUGACCGGAGCCCAGGGCUGCUGGGAUCCCCUGACCUCAAGACACAGAAUGUCCAUGUGGAAAUUGAACAGCGGUGGCACCAAGUGGAGACCACCCCUCUCAGGGAGGAGAAACAGGUGCCCAUUGCCCCUCUGCACCUAUCCUUGGAGGACAGAAGUGAGCGGCUCUCCACACAUGAGCUCACCUCUCUGCUAGAGAAGGAGCUGGAGCAGAGCCAGAAGGAAGCCUCAGAUCUUCUAGAGCAGAACCGGCUUCUGCAGGACCAGUUAAGGGUGGCACUGGGCAGAGAACAGAGUGCCCGGGAGGGCUAUGUGCUGCAGACUGAAGUGGCCACCUCUCCAUCGGGUGCCUGGCAGAGGCUCCAUAGAGUCAACCAAGACCUGCAAAGUGAGCUGGAAGCUCAGUGCCGGCGGCAGGAGCUCAUCACACAGCAGAUUCAGACCCUGAAACACAGCUAUGGGGAGGCUAAGGAUGCAAUCCGGCACCAUGAGGCUGAGAUUCAGACCCUGCAGACAAGACUUGGUAAUGCCGCUGCAGAGCUGGCUAUUAAGGAACAGGCUCUAGCCAAGCUCAAGGGUGAGCUGAAGAUGGAGCAGGGCAAGGUUCGUGAGCAGCUGGAGGAUUGGCAGCACAGCAAGGCCAUGCUGAGUGGCCAGCUGAGGGCCAGUGAGCAGAAACUCAAAAGUACAGAAGCCCGGCUAUUAGAGAAGACACAGGAACUCAGGGACCUGGAAACACAACAGACAUUGCAACGAGACCGACAGAAGGAGGUGCAGAGGCUGCAGGAAUGCAUUGCUGAACUCAGCCAACAGCUGGGUACCAGUGAGCAAGCCCAGCGUCUGAUGGAGAAGAAGUUAAAGAGGAACUAUACAUUGUUGCUGGAGAGCUGUGAGCAAGAAAAGCAGGCACUGCUGCAGAACCUGAAGGAAGUAGAGGACAAGGCCAGUGCCUAUGAGGAUCAGCUACAAGGUCAUGUGCAGCAGGUGGAGGCCCUCCAGAAAGAGAAGCUGAGUGAAACAUGCAAAGGCAGUGAGCAGGUACAUAAGCUAGAGGAAGAGCUGGAGGCCCGUGAGGCGAGUAUCCGCCAGUUAGCCCAGCAUGUACAGAGCCUCCAUGAUGAACGGGAUCUCAUCAAGCAUCAGUUUCAAGAGCUCAUGGAACGUGUGGCCACAUCCGAUGGGGAUGUGGCUGAGCUCCAAGAGAAGCUGAAGGGAAAGGAAGCUGACUACCAGAACCUCGAGCACUCACACCACAGGGUCUCUGUCCAGCUACAGAGCGUGCGCACUCUGCUGAGAGAAAAGGAAGAGGAGCUGAAGCACAUUAAGGAAGCACAUGAGAGAGUUCUGGAAAAGAAAGACCAAGACCUCAAUGAGGCUUUAGUUAAAAUGAUUGCCUUGGGCAGCAGCUUAGAGGAAACAGAAAUUAAGCUGCAGGAAAAGGAAGAGUGCCUGAGGAGAUUUGUGAGUGAUUCUUCCAAGGAUGCCAAAGAGCCUCAGAGUACCACAGACCCAACAGAAGAGGGCAGUGGCAUUUUGCCCUUAGGCUCAGUCACCAGAGUAUUUCCUGGCUUUGCUCACUCUCAGCCAGAGGAUGAAGAUCCAAGUGCUGGCCUGGGGGAAGAAGGGAGCAGUGGUAGCCUCAGCAGAGAGGAGAACGCCAUACCCCCAAAGUCAGCUGAUGUGCCUGAGAGGGAGGGGCAUCUGCAAAGCACAUCUAAAUCUGAUCAAGGAGCCCCUAUAAAAAGGCCAAGAAUCAGGUUCUCCACAAUCCAGUGUCAAAGAUACAUACACCCUGAGGGAUGUGCAAAGACAUGGACUAGCAGCACAUCAUCAGAUACCAGCCAGGACCAGUCACCCUCAGAGGAUAGUGUGUCCUCAGAAGCUACCCCUAACACGCUCCCAGCAGCUGCAGAUGCUGAAACAUACAUCUCUAUAAUCCACUCUCUGGAGACGAAGCUCUAUGUCACAGAGGAAAAGCUCAAAGACGUGACUGUAAGGCUGGAAAGCCAGCAGGGGCAGAGUCAGGAGGCAUUGCUUGCACUGCACCAGCAGUGGGCUGGCACAGAGGCACAGUUGCGAGAGCAGCUCCGUGCCAGCCUGCUACAGGCUAGCGCUCUGGCCUCUCAGCUAGAGCAGGAAAGACAACAGAAGGCCACAAACAUCGAACACCACCCUGGGGAGCUGGAAGACUUCCAAACCAAAAAUAGCCAAGCCCUGACAUGCUUAGAAAACUGCUGGAAAAAGCUAAGGUCUUUGCCGUGGGCUGACCAGGAGGAAGGCCAGGAUGCAUGUGCAGCCUCCCUGGCUAACAUAGAGAGUAUGCUUGUGAGUGCCAUAAAGGCCCUUCAACCGUGGGCUUCCCCUGCAGAGAGCAGGAUGCAGGCUGAGCAAGAGAAGGAGCACCCCAUGGAAAGUGGUAUGGCAGCCCCUAUGCAGCAGCCCUGUCAGCCCAUCUUGAAUGAGCAGGAGCACAGGAAGCUGCUUUCUGCUCAGAUAGUCCUGGAGGCCUCACUCAUCAACCAAAUAGCUGACUCUCUAAAAAAUACCACUUCAGAUGUCUAUGGUGUUCUCUGUGAGCUUACUCAGUCAGGGGAGUGGCCACUGAAGGAAGAAAGUGCUGUCCCCUCUGCUGGGGCUCCAAUGGAGAUCUGGGCCAAGAAGGUACUGGUGAAUGGUGAGUUCUGGAGCCAGGUCGAGUCACUAAGUAAGCACCUAGGGACACUGGGAGAAGAAACAGCCUGCACGUCAGGGGACAGGCAGCAGCGCACUCCCCAGAGUCUGGCUGAUGCCACAUGGAUUCGUGCAGAGCUCAGCUAUGCCACACAAUCAGUAAGAGAAUUGUUCCACCAUAGGCUGCAGAGCAUACAGGAGACCCUACAAGGGACCCAGGCAGCCCUACAGCAGCACAAGUGCAUGCUGGGAGAAAUCUUGGGAGCCUACCAAACCCCAGACUUUGAAAGAGUAAUACAGCAGAUCUUAGAGACCCUCAGGCAUCCAGCUGGCAGGGAGGACCAGGUACAGACAUCCUGGGACCAGAGCCCAUUGGGAGAGAUACUGAGGCCAGGCACAGAUGGCUCCCAAGAACCUUUGCAGGCUUUGCAUCAGAGCCCUGAAGUCCUUGCUGCCAUUCAGGAUGAGCUGGCCCAGCAGCUGAGAGAAAAGGCUAGCAUCCUUGAGGAGAUUUCAGCUGCCUUGCCAGUCCUGCCUCCCACAGAGCCACUUGGGGGUUGCCAGAGGCUUCUGCGGAUGUCCCAGCAUCUCUCAUAUGAUGCUUGUCUAGAGGGCCUUGGUCAGUAUUCUUCAUUACUGGUUCAAGAUGCAAUUAUUCAGGCUCAAGUGUGCUAUGCAGCAUGCAGAAUUCGGCUGGAGUAUGAAAAAGAGCUGAGGUUUUACAAGAAGGCCUGUCAGGAGGCUAGGGGGGCUUCUUGUCAGAAACGUGCACAAGCAGUUGGGGCCCUGAAGGAAGAAUAUGAAGAACUUCUCCACAAGCAGAAGAGUGAGUACCAGAAGGUUAUCACCCUCAUUGAAAAAGAAAACACUGAGCUCAAGGCCAAAGUGAGCCAGAUGGACCAUCAGCAGAGAUGUCUACAAGAAGCAGAAAACAAACACAGUGAGAGUAUGUUUGCCCUACAGGGCAGGUAUGAGGAAGAGAUCAGGUGCAUGGUGGAACAGCUGAGCCACACUGAAAAUACACUGCAGGCUGAGCGUAGCCGGGUUCUCAGCCAGCUAGACGCCUCAGUCAAAGACAGGCAGGCCAUGGAACAGCAUCAUGUGCAGCAAAUGAAGAUGCUGGAGGACAGGUUCCAGCUGAAGGUUCGGGAGCUACAGGCUGUUCAUCAGGAGGAACUGAGGGCCUUGCAGGAACACUACAUAUGGAGCCUGCGGGGAGCCCUCAGCCUCUACCAACCCUCACACCCAGAUUCCUCACUGGCCCCUGGGCCAUCUGAGCCCAGAGCUGUGCCAGCAGCCAAGGAUGAGGCCGAGUCCAUGACCGGGCUGCGAGAACGUAUCCAGGAGCUGGAAGCCCAAAUGGGUGUCAUGCGAGAGGAGCUGGGCCACAAAGAGCUGGAGGGUGAUGUGGCCGCCCUACAGGAGAAGUACCAGCGGGACUUUGAGAGCCUCAAGGCUACAUGUGAGCGAGGCUUUGCUGCCAUGGAGGAGACACAUCAGAAGAAGAUUGAAGAUCUACAGAGGCAACACCAGCGGGAGCUGGAGAAGCUGCGGGAGGAAAAAGACCGCCUUCUGGCUGAGGAGACAGCUGCCACCAUAUCAGCCAUUGAAGCCAUGAAGAAUGCUCACCGAGAGGAGAUGGAACGAGAGUUAGAGAAGAGCCAGCGGUCUCAGAUCAGCAGCAUCAAUUCAGACAUAGAAGCCCUGAGGCGACAAUACCUGGAGGAGCUGCAGUCAGUGCAGCGGGAGCUGGAAGUCCUUUCAGAGCAGUACUCCCAGAAGUGCCUGGAGAAUGCACACCUAGCCCAGGCGCUGGAGGCCGAGCGUCAGGCCCUGCGACAAUGCCAACGUGAGAACCAGGAGCUCAACGCCCACAACCAGGAGCUGAAUAACCGCCUGGCUGCGGAGAUCACACGGUUGCGGACACUACUGACUGGAGACGGUGGCGGGGAGUCCACUGGGUUGCCUCUCACACAGGGCAAGGAUGCCUAUGAGUUAGAGGUCCUGUUGCGGGUCAAAGAGUCAGAAAUUCAGUACCUGAAACAGGAGAUCAGCUCCCUCAAGGAUGAACUCCAGACAGCCCUGCGGGAUAAGAAGUAUGCUAGUGACAAGUACAAAGACAUCUACACCGAGCUCAGCAUUGCGAAGGCCAAGGCUGACUGCGACAUCAGCAGGUUGAAGGAGCAGCUGAAAGCAGCCACAGAGGCACUGGGCGAGAAGUCUCCUGAAGGCACUACUGUGUCAGGAUACGACAUAAUGAAGUCUAAAAGCAAUCCUGACUUCCUGAAGAAAGACAGAUCCUGUGUUACCCGGCAACUCAGAAACAUCAGGUCCAAGAGUCUGAAGGAAGGCCUGACGGUGCAGGAGCGCUUGAAGCUCUUUGAAUCCAGGGACUUGAAGAAAGAUUAGCUGCAUCCAUUCCACUGACACAUCCUUCCCAGCUAGUGGCAGCACAAGCCAAGCGUGGUUUUCAUCUGCAUCUGUGCUUUCUCAUUGUUGCUGUCAUUAACUGUGGGUAUGGAUGCAUGAGAGACUGCUGUGGGGUGUUUGCUCCAUUCCCUCCCUGUUAAUUCCAACUUCCUGUUGUCUUUAUCACAGCUUUUUUCCCAUGGUAUUCUCAGAUUAGUCACGCGCAAGCAGUAGAGUGGGGCGGUUUCCCCGCUGAUACCUGAGCAGCCCCCUUGUCCUCCCAGCACACUCACUGUCAGUAUUAAGGCACAGCAGCCUGUUAAUAAGCUAGCCCUGCCUCAGAGUGCACAUGUGGGGACCUGCCAGUGGCUCUGCUCUGCCGCACACAGCGGAGCACCACCCUUGAUGGUCAGAGCAGAGUCACCGAAUGUUGUAGGCUGGCCUGAUUUCUGAGGGGCCUAGGAGAGUGUCCAGCCUGGCCCACUUCCUUUUGAUGUGGGAGGGGGACAGCAUUUUGUAUCUGGCCACUAAUGCAGCUUAGAACCAUACCCAGAUAAUCCUGGCAAAUCUUUCACAACCUGGAAAAUGUUGAAAGCAACCAUUCCUAUUUUGGUUUUUUAUUAAAUCUUGCACAAAAGCCCCGAGCCCUCUCAUUCCUUCCUCCGCUCGUCCCUCCCUUGCUGUGCUAAUCCUGGUCCUCUGGUGGCCCAAAGAGUAGCUUGCAGCCUGAAGCUUCAGACUUGUCAAGUGUGAUGGGGCCUCCUCAAAGUCCUCUGGAGGGAAUAUUGCUGGGUUUUAAUCUUUCUGAAGAGAAGCUGCCAUGCUGCUUGGCAGGGCGAGGAGAAGCCCGUGUGCGAAGCUAGACGGUCAGGACUGUCGGGACUGUCAGGACUGGUGACAACAGCAGCCUGUGCUCAGGACCCUCAUUAGUCUGGGCUCGGGAAGGGUCCCUUGAAUUGUCUGCUUCUCACCGAGCCAUUAAUAGGGAGCCUGUGCUGACUCUGCUUUCCUAGCUGAACAGGACCUAUCUAACUACCCAAAGCAUUCAGCAGCAUUUCCUUCAAAAAACAAAACAUUUUCUUUAUUCUCAUAAGAAAACAUUCAUACUGUAAGAUGCAGUACACAAGAGCCCCCAUGUCAGAUGGGUGAGACAGUAGUCUCAUAACUAAAUGUGGGAUCUGGCUUCUUAAUCCUGGCUUGUGUUAAGUGGGUCAGAUGGUCUCUGAGUGUACAAAUUCAACUCAUGAGUCCCCUAAUGGUUCUACAUGAGUUGAUGUUCAAGGUCUAGCUGGCCUAAUAGGCAGGUCGAAACUUCAAGAUAACGGAUUUGUUACACACCAAAGUGUGCCACUGACCAGCAGACAAGCCCCGGGCUCCCCUUUUCACAAGUUUUUAAGUUCCACUCUGGCACAUAAAUGGCUCAGUGGUCAUUAUGUUUUCAGCAUUAUGGGCAAGUCAGAUCUGUUAAAACAAGCUUUGAGCUGAGUGGGCUGGCCUUCAGGAGCCUGGAGACGUGCGUUGAGGACUCCUGUUGUCUCUCAUACGGUUUCUUUGCAGCUAUUCUGCUGCCCUUGGGACCCUCUGGCCCCAUUGCGUUAUCUUCCUGCCUUGUGCCUCCUGGGAUGCUACAAAGAGCCUGCGGAAGGUGCCAAGCCUACCAUUCAAAAGGACAUUUGAUCUUUGGCUCUUCACCUCAGAAUCCUAGGGUAUGAACUUUACUGAAGAUAAAAGUACCUACGUGUCAGAGUAAAGGGCUGGGAGGCAGGCACACUGCGCCCAUCUAACCUGUCACUCGGGGCUCCUACUACAGGCUCAUUUGUGCAGUGAUUCAGCACACGCUGCUCCAGGGCUCGGUUUCAUGUGAGGGUAUCUGGUGUGUUAGCCAAAUGCUGAACUGGUACAGGGCAGAGAUUCCUGGAUCAUCUCCCACUGUCCAAGCCAGUCUGAGCAGUAACAUGUGCAGGAUUAGGGUGCAUCUUGGUUUUCUUGGUGGUGACUACUGACUUCUGGCAAAAGUGAACCAAACAAGAAGUUGGUCUUCCUGAGUCCCUGAUCACCAUGCCAGCCCACUGCAGCAGUUUAUUUUAGACUGCCACAUGUCUUCUGUCCAUUCCCUUCCCUCACUCCUUGAGCCAGGUUCACUUUUGCCUGACCCCUCUACAGGCUUCCCAUUCCCUGGGAAGAAGCUGAAACUGGCGUGUUCAGAGAAGAGGUAUCAGAUGUGCAAGUGGAGUUGGUUCAGACAUAUGUAGAAGAGGAUGCUUGGCUGAGGACGGGUAGUGUAGAUCAAGAAGUCACAGACUGCUCCCAGUCCAGUCAGUCAGUGGCAUGCUUUAUUUCCCCACUUCAUGGUGGGAGCAGAAUUUUAUUUUCCUAUAAAUACACAUUUGUGGUCUGCCAGCAUCUACAAGCAAACUGCCAUUACAGGGAACAUACCAUUUGACAGUGAAUGUAAAUAUAUGCUUAAGUUACAUCUUGCACGUGUGAUGUCUAGCACCAGAGCCAAGAGCAUAUCUGUCACACAGGGCUACUGGCUGCACCUUUUCCAGUAUGGUUGUGGCCACAAUGCCAAGACCAUAAUAGGAGGCCAGAGACCCAUGAAGUAGGGAGUCCCCAGAGGGAAGAACACUAGGAAUGUGUGCAUUCACUGAGUGUAAGCAAAGGUCAGAGUUGGCAAACUCUAUUGGAUCUAGCAGAACACUGAACUGGGCAUAGUCACUUAUGUCUCAGGCUCCACAGGACAAGGUCAGUCUGGACUACAUAGCAAGACUGUCUCAAAUACAGGUGGGCUAAGGGGAUGGAUAUAAUAUAUAUAAAAUUUGGGGUUCAACCAUAGCACUACAAAGAGCACACUUGUGGUCUUUGGAACAUUUGUCCAAAGGGAGCCUGAGAGAUUUGACUAGGAAAUAAGAUGGGUGAUGGAAUGUGUACUACUGUUAACUUCUCUACAGGGGGAGAUGGUGCACUGACUUCUUUCUACCCUGGAACUGCAGAGAAAGCACACUCCUCACUGCUGACACCUAGCUGGUGCUGGGGGAAGUAGCUGGAUAGCACACAGCCUGCACUGUUGGGUGUGAACCAGGGCAUCAGCUUAGAUUCCUUAGAUUCCUGCAGGCCUGCCCCACACACCAGUCAGUGGUCUUUCUCCUGACCUUCAACUAAGCCUGGCUCUCAAAGACAGGCUGGAUAAGCACCCAGAGGCCCUAUGCAGCCUUCCCACUCAUGCCAUACUCCAUGUAAGUACCCAGUGCAAGCUGCACACCAAAGUCUGCUGGCAGCUACGGGACAACAGUCCCAGAUGCAUAGUAACACCCAAACCCCAGACUCUGCUAGUGGAGACACAGUAGUUAACCUGUCAGCUGAUUGUCCUGCACCUGCAAUGCAGGAGGGUUAGCUGUUCAUGCUAUGCUGUAAAGAUGACAUCACCUAGUAAGCUACUUAGAGACUAUCAGUGUAGGGACUCAUACAGCCUUUCUCAUAAGAGCUCACAACAUACUGCAGGACAGCCUAUGCCUGCACUCUACUUGUUCAGCCUUUCCUGUAUAUGAGCAAGCAAUGUUAAAUAUUUCUAAGGCAUAGUGCCGGGAUUUUUGUGCAAAGUUUGUGUGAGUUUUUUAAAUAUCUCUAGAUACCCCUUUUGAAGGCAUGUAAAGGCAGUAUUCAGUGCAAACCCCUCUCAAAUAUCAAGACCAUUAGUUAGCAAGGCAUGGUAGCUCACACAUUUAAUUAGCACUUGGGAGGCAGAAGCAGGCUAAGUUUAAGACCAACCUGGUCUACAUAGAGAGUUCUAAAAGAACUGGGGUUACACAGUAAAAACCCUGCCUAAAAAUUAAACAACAAAAAAAGACUAUGUUAAUAAGUAAUGCCUUUUAAAGUUGUGGUUACUCAACAGACUCUAAAGAUAUCCUUGCCCACACUCACAGCAAGCUGAUUCUUGUUUAAAGUAUUCUGUGAGACUUGCAUAGAGCCACUCAAGGAAAACCAAUAAUAGGAGGGACUCUUGGCACCUUGCCCUCGGGUUUCUCAGGGUGUUUUUCUUAGGGGAACUGGCUGGAGCAUAUGCUGCUUCGGGUCCAGGAGCCUAUCUCUAACAACUGCAGGGCUGGACUUAUGUGCAGAGCAGCCCAGCUACCCAUAUCUCUAGCGGCCUGACUGUAUAGCAUGAGACUCCAGGUAGCUCCAUGACUGUAUUUCUAUACUGGUAAGGAGGUAGCUCAUCAGUAGAGAGUUAAAAAUGGGACAGUCCAAAACUGAAGGACUUCAGGGCCUCUCCAGUUUCACAUGGGUCACAGGUCAGCCUGGAGCAGCUUCCAUUGUGGGGCAGGACCCCAUUGCUGGCAUUUGCCAUAAAGAGGUACCAUUGUUAAGAAUCCUAGCCAGCACAGCCCACUCCAGCUUGCCAUAGCUGACAUGCCAUCGGUUCAUCUCUCCUUUAUAAGGUAGUCAGACCACACAUCUAAUUUUAUUUUAGCAAGCAAUAGAUUGUAAAGAACACUAAAUUCACUAUGUUUUGUUUCUAUCACAAACUUUGAUAUAAAUGGAUUUUAAGUCAUUUUAAGAUUUACCUUUAAUAUUAAUGCUUUAAUGCCAGGACCCAAAACCAGUUCUGUGGUUACUAACCAAUGUGGCUUUAAUGUAGGUUUGCUGUGUAGAAUAUUUAGAACCGUGGUCAUAGUGGCUCCUUGACAAUCAGAACUCUAGGUGACCUCCUAUUACUGCUGCUUGACUGAGGGUGGGGUGCGUGUUUGUGAACAGGGUGCCUGGCAGGGCCUCUUACAUCUCGACAGAAACAGGCUUGGACCAUCUCACCUGUAUUUAGGUAUUUUGUCAGACCAAAAUACAGACAAUCCUGUUGCCGACUAAAAAUUACAUGUAGAAGGAAAUGGAGCCUCACUGAGCCAGAGAGGCUUCAAGCACAGCUUCUGAGCCAGUUCAGGCCUCUGUGUGUAUGCACAGGGUGUGGCUUCCUGCAGAUAGUGUCUCUCAACUCCUCGUUCCAAGAUCUUAUGGCUCAGUGUAAGGCAUUCCCUACAAAGUUUGUGGCCAGGUUCACUACAAUUGAAAUGUUAAUUUGUAGAAAUAUUUAUUCCUUUGUGUGACAAGCUAGAGUCUUCGGCUGUAGCUCACCAUUUUUACUGUGUAAAUACUGCUUCAUUUUACAUGAACUGUAUCAUAAUAAACUAUUUUUGCAUUGCCCUCUGCAUGCAUAUGGCUGCUGACUCUGCCAGUCAAAGAGCAGAACCAAAAGUCCUGAGUUGUAAAAGUACUAGAGACCAGAAUGGCCGGAUAGAACCUGCUGCUCUCUCUACAAUGGUCUUCUGAGUUGUUUUCAGGAUAUUUACAUUAGAUUUCACAUUAAAAGGGAUUUUACAUUUUCACAUAUAAGCCAUAGUAUUUGUGUCUAAAGUCUAUGGUACUUUUGACUUGGUAUAGAAAUUUCAGGGGUUAAAAGAAGAGCAAAAAUUCUGAUGGGGAUUCCUUCAUUAAUCAAGCUACUAAAACUCUUCAUUGUAGCUCUCUUGUGUUUUUAUUUUUGUGGUGCUGGAGUUGGAGCCCGGGGCCUCAAGCAUGCCAGGCAGUGCCUCUACCACAUGAGCUUAUGAAGUUACUGCUCAGCCUGGCCGCCGCCUCUCUACUUCAGUGAGUACUAGCGUGCACCACUGUAGCUGGCCUGUCCUUCAUGGAUUUACUUGUGAUUAUAAUUGUCUCAUUUUUUUGUUUGGUUUCAAAGCAUCAUGACCUAAAAUAGACAACCCAAAAUAACAGUGUUCCCCAAUUGUGGAAUAUGAUGAUUCUAUUUCAUUUUUAGUUCAUUAAGUUAAGAAUAAUAAACUAGGCCAGACAUAAUGGCUACCAACCUGGUGAUUCCAGCCCACGAGGGGCUGAGGGGCUCAGCAA